AGCAUAUUUGAACUUUUAUAAUCUUUCUAACGCAAGAAAGAAAGAACGACUCCUUCAAACUGUCAACCUUUCAUCGCCCAAAGCUCCUCCUCUUGGCAUCAGACAUCCAACUGGCCCUUCUUUUCAUACGAACAAGGGCAUAUGUGGUUUCUCCUGAUCCCUCAAGAAAUGCAGGAUAAUUCUUGUACUUAGUGAGAUGCAGAAGGUGGGGGAGUUCAAGCUUCCACACUUUUUCAACUACCCUCCUUAUUUCACUUUGCAGCCUGUAAGGGACACCAGAGAAAAGCAAGUGCAGCUUUGGAAGGAACUUAUACUUGAUUAUUGUAAACACCACAAGAUCUUUGUCAUUGGACUUGAGGAAGAGUUCCCUCUGUUUUCAAAUCCAACAAUUGACCGUUCCCUUAGACAUGAAGCGAAGGAAGUGUUUCUUUCAGCCUUGGUCUCAGAAGGCCGUGCUGAGUGGCUAGAGAAGGGACAUAAGAAGUGCCUUAUUCUCUGGCACAGAAUUCCGGAUUGGGCCGAUUAUAUUUUGCAGUUUGUCAAAGAUAAUGGGUUGGAGGACAGUGUGACGACUGUUGAAGAAAUACGCUCAGGAGUUGAGUCAAGAGGAACAGAGCUUGCUGGAAUUGAUCGUGUUGUACUUAUGCGAGCCUUGAAGCUUCUAGAACAGAAGGGGAAAGCCACAAUUUUCAAGGGGACCUCUACGGAUGACGAAGGCAUAAAAUUCUCCGCAUAAAAUAGAAGAAAUUACCUAAUUUUAAUACUCAUUUCACAGAGUGGGAAUAUUCUAUAUUCAAUUUCUUCAUGGGUGCAAGUUAUUCACGCUCUUUCGGAACUUUGAUCUCCAGUUGGUGUUAUGGGCCAUCCCAGGGUAUUUAAGAAGUUUUUUUUUUUUUGACAAAUGUUAUGAACUUAUAUUAAAGCAAUGUUUCAAGAGCAUGA